CCCCACACACUAACACCCCUUAUUAAACCACAGCAACAAGAUGCGCCCGGUGCUCGUCCUUGCCCUGGCCGGCCUGGCAACGGCGCAGACCACCAGGACCAUUACAGAGGGCGUGCCUACGACGUCGCCAACCACAACCACCACCGUAACCCCAUCGUCGACUAGUCCUUCGCCGGCAACCACCACGGUCGCCGGCGGCACUGCCACCGAAACUGCCAUCCCGACUGGGGCCGCCAUCGUGCACGGUCCGGUUGCGGGCUUGGUGGUCGUUGGCGCGCUCUGCGCUGCGCUGCUGUGAGGAGUAUCGUCCUCCAAAUGAAGUUGGUGGAGGUUCAGGGGUCUGUACUAGUACUUUUGAGUCGAGGCGUUGUCUGUGGACAGAUGGCGCUUGUAGGGUGGACUCAAGUGAAGGAUGCCGUAAUGUUUUAUGGACUGUAUUUAGGUUGUUGAUCGCGGUGCAUGCAAAGCAAGUGUGGGAUCCCUCCGUCACCUGACGGAAUUGAGAGCAUAAGCUGCGCCCCCUGACUCUUGCCAAAUCAUCGGACCAGUUCCGAUGGACUGCUUGAGGUCGUGAAGUUGGAGGGUGAGAGACGGCUUGCCGCAUCGGCUAUUCCCCGUGAGCUGUUCCGUCGCACGAAAGGUCGGUCGAUCGAAGAUUUGAUGGGUCGCGUUGACUGGGAGACGGCACUCUCUCUCGAUGCUUGGUCAUU